AUGGGUGGAAAGUACGGAUUAAGAGCCCGGGAUGGUCGCAACAUCGUCAUUGUCAUUAUUGUCCUCGGCGUUCUGGCCAUUGCUGCAGUCAUUCUUCGUGUUGUCUCUAGGAGGAUUCGGAAAGUGUCCCUUGGGCUGGACGACUAUCUGAUGUUAACUGCCAUUUGGUUUGUCAUUGUCUCAACGAUUCUUGUCAUUACGACGGUCACGCAUGGUGGCGUCGGGCUGCAUAUGACUGAAGUCGACCCGGAGGAUCUGAUAUACACGAUGAAAAUGAUUAUUGUCCUCCAGUCAUUAUAUGGUGUGGGGUUGGCCAUCGUCAAAACAUCGCUGAUGGUUUUAUACUACCGGCUCUUCGGGACGGUGAAAAGCUUUCGCAUCGCAAUCUACCUUACCGGUACUAUUGUCUGGGCGUGGGGCUUCAGUAUCGUCCUUGAGUCAUUCCUCCUAUGCCAACCUGUGGAAUUCAACUACAACCCCAUGCGCCCUGGCGGGGGUUCCUGUGGGAACCGUAACGCGGCCUUUGUCGUUGCCGGAGCCCUGAAUAUGGUUACAGACUUUAUGGUCAUGCUUCUCCCCGUACCAUACAUCUGGAGUCUCCAGCUUGCCACUGGUCGCAAGAUAGGGCUGGUCAUCACAUUCUGCCUCGGUCUCUUCGUUAGCGCAAUUAGUAUGGUCCGAGUUUUCAGCCUAAUGAGCAUAGAUUUUGAGGACGCCCCAUGGACUCUACCUCUUCCACUGAUGUGGAGUAUCGUUGAGGAGCAGCUAGCCAUCGUUGCAGCCAACCUCCCCAUCCUGCGACACGUGCUUGCUGCCAUCCUCCCGGAUGGGUGGAUGGGUUCUUCCAGGCGCAAAGCCACCGGUUCAGGGAAAUUUCCAUCCAGCGGCCAGCAACAAAAGUACCAUAUGGACCGCUUGAACAAGAGCGGUGGUUCCUCCGCGCGAGUGAGGGCCGUUCAGGGUGGAUGGAGCGACGAUGAGAGAUCCGAAACAAACUUGGCUAUCCAUGGAGCUCCGCCGGACGGAAUUCAUGUUGCGAGAGGGUUUGAGGUUCGCUGA